UCUCACUUGUUUUAAACUGACAUUAAUGGAAAUUGUAAUCAAAUCACUUCAUUUUAAAAUUGAUUAAUCGUGUUAUUUUAACUAUGUUUACGUAUUGUUAAAAGAACAAAUGUGUGGUCAUGAAAUAUGAUGAAAAGACGAAAGUUAAAAGUAUUUUAUUUAAAAUAAAGUUAAAAAAAAGAAGACAAAACACGCGUGUUGUUAUUUUCCAGAAAUCGCUAACAAGGAGAUUGAGUUAGACUUUGUUUACCUUAGUUCUGUGUGUUCCGUGUUGUAUUACACUCGCAAAUAAAGAAAUUACAUUUAUAAAAACGAGGAAACGCGUAUCUUACAAAUAAGUCUCUAUGCUAAAAAUUAAUUUAAAAAAAAAAACAAUAAUCAAAUAAUUCAUUUGUUAACGUUAUGAUGGGUUGUGUUAUUACUAAAACAUACGCGUCAAAAAAUUCAAUGAUGUUCCCCUCGUACGAAUUUGAACCAACAAGCAAUGGAAAAAAAGAAAUGAAAAAAAUAUGCGUCAUUGAAAACCAAAGUAAUAUCAUUACUGAGAGUCAGGUAACAAUUCAAUACGCUGUUAAAUCAUUGAUAGGAGAAGGCGCUUUUAGCAAUGUUUUUAGAGUCGAAAGCACUAAAACUAAAUUACCAUUUGCAAUUAAGGCAAUGGAGAUGCGUAGUUUACAAGGAAAAGAGCUAUUUGAAAGCGAGUUGAGUGUGCUAAAAAAAAUUAAUACUGAACCACACGAAAAUAUUAUUAACUUUAUUGAUGUUAUUUAUUCUAAACAUUAUGGUUAUAUUGUGAUGGAACUUGCCACCGGGGGUGACCUCUUAGAAAGAAUUCAGUCUCGCGGUUUUUUGGAAGAAAAUGAAGCUCACCGAAUUACUAAAAUGCUAAUCUCUGGCGUUUGCCACCUACAUUCAAAAGGCAUAACACAUAGAGACCUUAAACCUGAAAAUAUACUGUUUUACACCCCCGGUGAGAACUCAAGAAUUGUUAUUACCGACUUUGGUUUUUCUGUUGUAGGAGGAUUUGAUAACCAACUUCAAACGUUUUGUGGGACUCCGCAAUACUUAAGUCCAGAACAAAUUAAACAAAAAACUUAUAACAAUAAAGUAGACAUGUGGUCUUUAGGUGUAGUAGUUUACGUAAUGUUAUGUGGGCGACUACCAUUUAAUUCAGAAAAUAUUGUUCAACUUCAUGAGAAAAUUACAUCAUCAAUUCAAUCUUAUAAAAGAGCGAUAUGGAACAACGUCUCGUCAAAUGCUAAAAUGUUUAUCAACAAAUUGCUUGAAAAAAAUCCAGAGAUUCGUUUAAAUUCGGAGGAAGCAAGUCGUGAACCGUGGAUAGGAAAUAUGUGUUUGUUUCAGUCAAAAGCAUUACACCCAACAACAAAUAUACCUGAUUCGAAAAAACCAAGUUCAUUACGCGGUAACAAAAACUGUAAUAAAAACAAAACAUUUUAUAACUUGAGUGAAACUUUAUUGUCAAAAAACGUUGAAGUAAACGAGAAAAACGAAGAUUUUAACAAAAUAAACGUAGAAGUAAACGAUCAAAAUACCCCAAACCUUAAAAACCGCAACCAAAAUUUAUCUUUAUACAUCCAACCAAAAACAAACGACAACCAAACAAGUAACUGGAUUAAAGAAAAGCAAUCAUACGAUGAAGUUAAACCAAGCUUUCGGUAUAAUAGACCUACCUCUGUCGAGAACAAUUCUUUUCGAGAGAAAACGAGACAGACAAAGAAUAAUUGCGAGCUAUUGCUUGAUCGUCAAUUGGUUAUUCCAAAGUCAGAUAGAAAAAUUCAUAUCGACGAACUGUUUGGAACAGACACAAGUACUUCUCAAUCUACUUAUGACGACAAGUCGCAGGUAUUUAUUCGCAGAGAAUCAUAUAUCAAUAACAAACUAAAUGAUUUAAACAGAGAGUUACAAAAUGUCAGUAAGUUUAGAGACCUAAAAAGCAAUAAAAAUCAAAAUGAUUUAAAUAUUAGCAGACUAUCUCAUCAACAGUUUAAGGAGCAGCUACAAAGUUCUAAACCUACACAGCCAAAUGAAUCCGUUCGCAAUUUUGUGCAUUUAGACAGGCUGUUUGCUGCAUCGCAAACAGUUGUUUCGCAUCCAUCUAUACUUAUUCAAGGCGGAAAAAAAUGUAAUGGAGUGAAAAACUUUCGCUCGGUAGACCGAAACAAAGUAAACAGCUGGUUAAACGCACAACACAUAAAGAAACCAAUAAAAAGCUAGAAUGUUUCUUUCUUUAAGCAACUAAAGCUUCAAUUAGAAUAGAACGCUUUUUUAUGGAGGAUUCUAUUCUUUUAUUUUUCCUAUAAAGUUUUCCAAUACUUUUAAUAAUUUCUAACUUUUUUUAUACAGCAACAAACUGUUUUUAGGUUUAAAAAUUAAAAAAAUUAAAAAUUUGUUUUUAUCUUUUGAAAAAUAGCAAUGUCAUAAUUCCUCUCAAUUUCUUUUAAUGAGACUAUACAUCAGA